CAUUAGCCUGUUUUCUAUAGAGGAGAGUGUGACUAGUCAAACUUCUGUGCUAGGGACCUUGCCAGAGUCCGAGAGACGUGACGGUACGCCAGCCACACAGACGGACGAGGACCUUGAUGAGCUGAUCAGUUUGAUAGAUACUGGCGGCAAGAUCAACUCUCUAGUCACUGGGAGGCCUCUCAUAGCUUUUGAGGAGAGCAACAGAAGAUCUGAUGUCUCUGAAUACCUCUCAUGA